AUGGCAAAGAAAGCAGAUUCCUCAAUUAAGGCUGCUGCUAGAGCUGCUGCCCAGAAACAUCAGCACAAUAAGAAUGAUUGUAUUGUGGAUAUGGACACUUUAGUAGAACCAGAGUUUGCUAAAGGUGAAAUUCGUGAAUAUCUUAUCACAAACCAACCGGAAACACUUAUUGAAAAAAGAACCCUUAAAUCUAAGGAAUAUUGGUUACUUUCAUCCCUUUUGGCAAUUGCCAUGUAUGUUAGAUUAUAUCAUUUAUCUUAUCCAAAUUCAGUUGUUUUUGAUGAAGUUCAUUUUGGAGGAUUUGCCAGAAAAUAUAUAUUAGGUAAAUUCUUUAUGGAUGUUCAUCCUCCAUUAGCUAAAAUGCUUUUUGCUGCUGUGGGUGCCCUUGGUGGUUUCAAAGGUGAUUUUGAAUUUAAAUCAAUUGGUGAUGCAUAUCCUGAAACUACUCCAUAUAUUUUUAUGAGACAAUUUCCUGCCUUAUUAGGAGUUGGUACUGUUCUCCUUUGUUAUUUAACAUUGAGACAAUCUGGAGUAAGACCAAUUAUUGCUUAUAUUACCAGUUUCCUUCUUCUUAUUGAAAAUUCCAAUAUUACACUUUCAAGAUAUAUCUUGUUAGAUUCUCCCUUGAUUUUUUUCAUUGCUGCUGCAGUUUAUUCUUGGAAAAAAUUCGAAAUUCAAAUUCCAUUCACUUUGGGAUGGUACAGAGGAUUAAUCGCUACCGGUAUUGCACUUGGUUUGGCUUUUAGUUCUAAAUGGGUUGGAUUAUUCACUAUUGCCUGGGUUGGAUUCUUAUGUGUUUAUCAAAUGUGGUUUAUUAUUGGAGAUUUAUCACUUUCACCAAGAAAAGUUCUUGCUCAUUUCUUUGCUAGAGGGGCUAUCUUGUUAGGGGUUCCAUUUAUUUUAUAUUUGACUUUCUUUGCUAUCCAUUUCCAAGUCUUGGAUAAAGAAGGUGAUGGGAGUUCAUUCUUACCAAGUGCUUUCAGAGCGGGAUUAAAAGGUAAUAAAAUUCCUAGAGAUAUUCCUGCACAAGUUGGUUUAGGUUCUAUUGUUACAAUCCGUCAUCUUGAAACUAGUGGUGGUUAUUUACAUUCCCAUCCUCACUUUUAUGAAACUGGUUCUAAACAACAACAAAUCACUUUAUAUCCUCAUUUGGAUACUAACAACAAAUGGUUUAUUGAACCAUAUAGUAAUAAAACUAUCUAUAAUGAAACUUUUGUCCCAUUAACAAAUGGUAUCAAGAUUAGAUUAAGACACCUUAAUACUGGAAGAAGAUUACAUUCUCAUGAUGAAAAAGCCCCAGUCAGUGAACGUGAUUGGCAAAAGGAAGCUUCUUGUUAUGGAUAUGAUGGAUUUGAAGGUGAUGCCAAUGAUGAUUUCGUAGUUGAAAUUGUCAAACAUAGAACCAAAAAUGAAGAAGCUAAACAAAAUGUCAGAGCCAUUGAAACUAUUUUUAGAUUAAGACAUGCCAUGACUGGUCACUACUUGUUUUCCAGUACUGUGAAAUUACCAGAUUGGGGUUUUGGUCAACAAGAAGUCACGGCUGCUUCUCAAGGUAGAAGAGGAUUAACUUAUUGGUAUAUUGAAACCAAUGAAAAUCCAUACUUGAAUCAAACCGAAGUUGAAAUUGUCAAUUAUCCAGUGUUAUCAUUAUGGGAUAAAUUUGUGAUGUCCCAUAAAAGAAUGUGGCAAAUCAAUCAAGGAUUAAAUAGUCAUCACCCAUGGCAAUCAGAUCCUCAAGAUUGGCCAUUUUUAUUAAGAGGGAUUAAUUAUUGGAAUAAAGAACAUAGACAAGUUUAUUUAUUAGGAAAUGCUGUUACUUGGUGGACUGCCACUGCUUGUAUUUUGACAUUCUUUGUUUAUGCUGGUAUUACUGUUUUAAGAUGGCAUUUAGGUCAACCACUUUCUACUGAAAAGAAUGUGUUUAAUUUCAAUGUUCAAGUUUUUUCAUAUAUUUUAGGAUGGUUCUUACAUUAUUUCCCAUUUUUUAUUAUGGGUAGACAAUUAUUCUUACAUCAUUAUAUUCCAGCUUUAUAUUUUGGUAUUUUGACAUUAGGACACUUUUUAGAAAUCUUUACUGGAUAUUUAACAUCCCGUUCCAAAACAUUCCAAAGAAUUGCAUUGGGUGUUGUUUUUGUUUUCACGGGGGCUAGUGUAUUCUUUUAUCUUACUUAUUCCCCCUUGAUUUAUGGAACUCCAUGGACUCAAGAUGCAUGCACCAGUGCACAACCAUUCAAAGGUUGGGAUUUUGCCUGUUCGAGUUUUUAUAAGAAUUUAUCAGAAUAUGAUUUCCCAGAAGUUUCAUCCCAAGAUGGGAAACCUUCUAUUCCAACUGAAACUGUCCUUGCUCAAGCUAAACAAACUCCAGGGGCUAAGAAGGUUGUUGCCAAACCACCACCAGCACCUAAGAUUGAUACUUCAGUCAAGAAAGAAAAAGAGCAAGAAAAGAAGGUAGUUGCAAAAGAAGAAGAAAAGGAAGAAAUCGCCCCUCAAGCUGCUGUUGAAUUUGAAGUUGAAACUCCAAAGAAUGAAGAACAAAAACCAGCUGAACAAGUUCCUGUUGCAGAUGUUGAAUCGGAAAAUGAACAUAUUGUUGAGGAUGAUGUUCCUAGUGAAGAAAAUUUAGAUGAAGCUAUUGAACAAGAACCUGUUGUGGAAGACGCCGCCCAUGUUGAAGAUGUUAACGAAGCUGUUGAAGAAGAACAAGCUGAAGCUCCUGUUGAAAAAGAACAGGAUAGACGUGUUACUCAAGCAGAGGAUAUUAAAAUGCCUGCUUGA